UAAACAACAAACAGCAGAUGCGUGUAUGAAGCUGUAAGAUAUUUAUUUCAUAGUGUAAACAGCUUCAGUGGUUUUAAUGGUAGUUUUCGAGAGUGCUUGAACGACUGUCAGUGAAAAUCUUUUUUAGAAAUAAUCAUUUUCUGUUUGAAUGUUUUAAAUUGUAAUUUAUUCUUGUAAACUUGUUUUGCUGCGCGAGGAACAUUUCAAAAGCCAGUCCAGUAGGUGCACCGCAAGCUAGUUUGCCGCCGUUACUUACCACAGAAGAAGAAGAAGAAGAAGAAGAAGAAGAAGAAGAAGAAGAAGAAGAAGAAGAAGAGCAGCUGACUGACUGGAUAUAUGUAAAAAUGAGGUUCCGCUUUUGUGGAGAUCUCGACUGUCCUGACUGGGUCCUUGCAGAAAUGAGCACCUUAGCUAGGAUGUCGAGCGUAAAGAUGAAACUUCUGUGCGUGCAAGUCAUUAAAGAUCUGCUCGAUGAAGACAUCGAUUAUGACAAAGUUUCAAAGCUAACCUCAGACGCAAAGUUUGAAAGCGGAGACAUUAAAGCCAGUAUAGCAGUGCUGAGUUUCAUUCUGUCCAGUGCUGCUAAGCAUGACGUGGACAGUGAAUCUCUCUCCAGUGAGCUUCAGCAGCUCGGCCUCCCUAAAGAGCACACCACUGGACUGUGUAAAUCAUAUGAGGAUAAACACGGCGCUCUACAGGAAAAGUUAAGGGAGAUCAGUUUGCGCUUGGGUCGUCUGGAAGCGGUGAACUGGCGGGUCGAUUACACCUUGAGCUCCAGUGAACUGAAGCAAGUGAAUGAACCCACGGUUCAGCUCAGACUUCAGGCUCAGGACCCCGAGACAGACUCCACGCAGACCACCACUGUCUCCAUCACCGCUGACAAGUUCAGAGUACUGCUAACAGAACUCAAACAAGCACAGACUAUGAUGAAUGCACUACAGUGAACCAGUCGGCAUUUGUUGAAUUAUAUUGCUGAAAUGUGUACAGAAUCUGUUCGUGUUUAUAAACUGUGCUUCUAAAAAAAAAAAAAAAAAUCUUAACAUUUAUGCAUUUUGUAAGCUCUUCACAUAAAAUGUUGAUUAAUGUUGUUGCUCAAAUUGAGCAACCUUUUUUGGGGGGGGGGGUCCAAAUGUUACUAUAAAUGGAAUCUUGUUGAAUCUUGUAAAUGGAAUGUGUCACUUGUUUAUCUGUGUCAUCCAGCGAAUAAACUGCUAUUAGUGAUUCAUCUCACCUCAUGUAUUUGAAUUAAAUAUGUUAAUAUAAUGUGCAUUUUUACACAUGUAUUAUUAAAAUGAAAAUACUAAUAAAGUCAUAAUUAAAAUUGUGUA